GACGCGCCCGGAAAUGUCGGCUUUUAUGACCAGUUAUUGGGCCUGAAAUGGGUCAGAGAAAACAUCCAUUUAUUUGGUGGAGAUAAGGAUCGGAUCACCAUUUUUGGUGAGAGCGCCGGGAGUUGGUCGGUGUCCGCACACAUACUCUCCCCGCUAUCAAAGGGUAUGUUUAAGAGGGCUAUUAUGGAGAGCGGCGCCCAUAUGUAUAACAAGGACAGGGAUGUCGUCACUAAAGCUGAAGCACUGCUUAAUGCCAAAGCAAUUCACGCCGAAUUGAUUAGGGAAUUAAAGUGCAGUAUUUUAGAGGAUUGGCUCAAUUCAAUCGAAUUACUGGGCUAUCACAACAUUAAUGUGCUUAAAGUCGAGGAACAUUACCUAAAAGGUGUCAACACUUGGGACAGUCAGGCACUUCGCACGGCGUUUAGUGCACUAUUAGGCGAUGCCAUAAACAUAUGUCCGACAUAUCUGUUCGCCAAACGGUUCGCACAAACUGUCAAAGAGUCGCAAAGUGUUUACUCAUACCAGUUGUUGUACGCAAGCGAUUAUUUUGCUAAGAAAAUGAGUUGCGAUAUAAAGACCAUGGGCAUUUGUCACGCCAUGGAUGUGCCCUUUGUAUUUGGUUUGCCAUUACUUUCGCCCAACGAUUACAGUCAGGAAGACAUCGAUUUUGCUAAAUAUGUGAUGAAAAUGUGGACAAAGUUUGCCACCGAU